AGUGGGACCCGGAGGGGGGCACGUAGGGAGGAUGAUCCCCUUCAGGUUGGGAGCGGGGCAGUGGGAGGUGUCCCCCCUCCACGUGGCACCUCUUGGAGGUGGUGGGGAGGACUCAGCCCGGGGGGGUCAGGGACAUCCCCAAGGCUGAGCUGGGGGUCCUGGUACCCAUGGGAGGAGCACAGCUGUGUCCCUGCUUCAUCCCGGUCCUGCUGCGCAUCCGCAUCGCCAUGGAGACAGAGCGAGACCCGGGUCCUAGCUCUCUGGUGCUGCCCAACGGGGACCGGGCACGAGCCAUCUCUGAGUACCUGAGCAGCAGCAAAAAGAGGAAGGUGGAGGAGAAGGACUUUGUGACAGACUAUGGCAGCGAUGCGGACAAAAGCGAAGACAACCUGGUGGUGGACGAGGAUCCCUCAUCCCCACACAGUGUCCAUUCCUACUCCUCCCGUGAGAACGGGUUGGAGAAGCUGCCGCUGGGACGGAAGGAGCCCGCGCCGCUCAGCCCCACCUCCAUGGCCUCCUCCAGCAGCGCAUCCCCAUCGCGCAGCAAGGAUGCACCCAUGGUGGAGAAGGCAGGGACACCCAGCCUCAAGUCCAGCACCCCCACAUCUCAGGGCGAUGCCGCAGCGCCGGGAUCCAGCGGUGCCCCGCAGUUCCGCCCCACUGCAGCCAAAGCCCCCGUGGACUCCCUGGCCCUGGGCCUGAGGACCCCGCUGGGCGUGCAGAGCCCCUACUCCUUCAGCAUGGCUCACCCCGCUGUCAAUGGGGACAUGGCUGGGGCGGGCGCCUACGCCAGCCUGCACCUCGUGUCCCCGCAGCUCAACGGCACCGCGGCCGCCAGCAGUUAUGGCCGCUCCCCGCUGGUUGGCUACGACCCUCACCCUCACAUGCGCGUGGCGGGGCUGGCGGCCGGCAUGCAAGUGGGGACGUCGGGGAAACCGGGGCACUGCCCGACGGGCGAGUGGCUGGCGGUGGGCAUGGAGAGCAGCAACGUGGAGAUCCUGCACGUCACCAAGCCCGACAAAUACCAGCUGCACCUCCACGAGAGCUGCGUCCUCUCCCUCAAGUUCGCCGCCUGCGGGAAGUGGUUUGUGAGCACGGGGAAGGACAACCUGCUCAACGCCUGGCGCACGCCCUACGGAGCCAGCAUCUUCCAGUCCAAGGAGACUUCGUCCGUCCUCAGCUGCGACGUCUCCACCGACGAUCAGUUCAUCGUCACCGGCUCCGGAGACAAGAAAGCGACGGUCUACGAAGUCAUUUACUGAGAGUCACGGAGGUGAACAGCCACGGCCUGGCUCUGUUCCCUGAGAGCAGACGGACUCACAGCCAUGGGGACGGACAGACGGACUCCGACGCAGAGGGGUGGCAGCCCAGGCCUGGAGCAAUUGGCGAUGGGGACCCUGCAGUGCUGGCAGGCAGCUGCUGCUCGCAUGGCCCUUCCCAGGGGUUUCCUCCUCCUUUGGUUCGUUAUUGGUUGGUUUGUUUCUAAACGGGGGCUGGGGGUUGGGGGAGUGAAGGGGGGCUUUCUUUUGUAAUGUCAUUUUUUGUGUUUUUUGUUUGUUUUUUGUUUUGUUAAAGUGCUGGGCUGGGCAGGAUGAGAGCUCUCCUCAUCUCCCCCCGCACCUCCCAGGGCAUAUUUAAUAAUAAAAAGAAAACAGCA